CCGCGAUGUCCGCCGCCGGCGGCAUGCACGGCAGAGUCGAGCGCGAGGCUCCCGAGCCGCACGACCACGUCAUCAAGCUCCUCCUCGUCGGCGACAGCGGCGUCGGAAAGAGCAGCCUCCUCGUUCGAUUCACCGACGACGUCUUCGAGGACCAGUCGCCUACGAUCGGCGUGGACUUCAAGCUGAAGUACCUGAACGCGCGAGGGAAGCGACUGAAACUCACGGUGUGGGACACCGCGGGUCAGGAGCGGUUCAGGACGCUGACGAGCUCGUACUACCGCGGCGCGCAAGGGAUCGUGUUCGUGUACGACAUCACGAAGCGAGAGAGCUUCGAGAACGUCAGCGAGAUCUGGGCGAAGGAGGUGGAUCUGUACGCCACCGUGGAGGACUGCGUGAAGAUCGUCAUCGGGAACAAGAUCGACAAGGAGAAGGCGAGGGAGGUGAGCAGGAAGGAGGGCGAGGCGUUCGCGGAGGACAACGGGUGCUUAUUCCUCGAGACGAGCGCGAAGAGCCGACGCAACGUCAAGGAGGCGUUCGACGAGCUCGUGAGUCGAGUGCUGGACACGCCGUCGCUGCUGACGGAGCACGACCCGGGCGGCGGCGGGAGGGUGCGGCUGAAUCGGUUGGUCGACAGCGCGCGGAGCGGGUGCGCGUGUCUGUGAGUUGGGAGGUGGGGAGGGCUCGGAGGCAGAGGCGGGCCGGCGCGCGACCCGCGUAGAUACAGUAGUCUAUCAUGUGCGACGACAUCGCGCCGUCGUCGUUCGUAAACGUAAACGUAAACGCGAGAG